CUAUUGACGUUCGCAGCAAGUGCACGUAUGAUUUGUGUUGUCCCGUUCGCGCUCCGUUCGGAAGUCAGCACUUCGCGAUCUCUUCUCCAUCGACUGUAAAUCAGCCGGCAAAUUCAUAUUCGGUAGCCGCCGCGUGUGCAUUGGACCGUUACAACUACGGUACGGAACGCGAGGUGCGGGUGCUUGUGGGCAGUAGUAGAGCCGGUGUUCCAGUGUGGCAGCGAUCCGGAAUGUUGGCGUGCUGAAUGGUUUUCAAUGAAACGUGAUCUUACCGCCAUUCGCCCGAAUGAGUAACGCAAGUUGAGAAGAAUCGAGUUCGUUGUUUUGCUAACUGUUAUUUACUACCUACAGAAUAGAUGCUAAAAUUUUGUGAUAACCUAGCAAGUGGAUCGUUAGACGACGAUUAAACUUGGGUACAGUGCAGCAAACAAGUGUGUGAAACGUUCGGGGAGCGAAAACUUAUCAACACCGAACCGUAAACAAUCGCCUGAAGUUUUCACCUGUACCGGGUGUGUGUGUGGAAGAAAAGAAAAAAGUCAAAGAACCGACAUCAGAAUAUGAGCCGCUGCCCGUCCGCCCAGAACGCCACACAGUGUACCGCAUGAAUAUUUCCUGGGCUCACCCACAACAACAGGAAAUGCGACCCAGAUGGGGCAUGAAGUACGUCUCGACAAAACAGUAAUUGCCCGGCAGAAGCAGCACACAAAGUGGCGCGUGUGUGCGAGUUUAACCAGUUGGCCUUCGCAGUGAACGUGUAAAAUUAUCCAUUUUUGGCAGAUUAUUACGCCGAUUAUUCACGGUCGCAGUUGAACGUGUGCGAUUCGAAAAGUGUAAUAAUUAAGCUUUUCUCCCUGUGCGGUGUUGUGCCGUGAAUCGAUGAAGCUUGAGUGCUGUCGUAGAAACGAAAUCAAAACAAAACCCUCGAUCGAUCAAAGCCGAGUACGGUGUUUCUAUGGUUACUUUCUGCAAACAAAACUUGGCCAUUGACAGCAGCAAGUUAUCGAUUUUGUUCAACUUCUAUGAUUAGCUGUUGUUGGUUGGAGUAGGGAAUAUUUAAUUUGAAAGUUUCUGUUACUCGAAGAAAAGUUUUUUUCGCGUUCGAGACGCAAACAGUGAUAUCAGUGCAGUGCAGGUUCGACCGUGCAGCAAAAUGACUCGAAACGUCGUUACGGUAGCAGGUAUCCUGCUACUGUCAACGCUGACGACCGCAUCCUAUUCAUCGUCGGUAUACAUAGAUAAAUCGUCCUAUAAAAAUAUCGUCGUCGAGAUAAAAGACAGUGUUCCCGUGGAAAACUGUCAGGCUACUUUGCACAACCUAGAGAUCAUGUUAACAUCUGCCUCGCAGUACCUGUUCUCCGCCAUUGAUGGCCGUGUAUAUUUUGGCGAGAUUUCUAUAGUUCUGCCAGCGCGCUGGCCAAACUCUUGCAUUCCCUACAACCAAACUCGGACGUCGGCCAGCGGUGAACGAUCGGAUGUAACAAUUCGAUCAAAUACACACGCGGAAUCUCUCAUCUGGACGGAUCAGUUUUCCGGUUGCGGUGAGCCAGGCGAUCAGAUCUACAUCGAUUCGGAGAUUCUCGGCCGUGAAACCAUUGGGCGAGAGUUCGUGCGCGAAUGGGCUAAAUAUCGGUACGGAGUUUUCGACGAAAUCGGUUACGACAAAGAUCCGAUCUAUCCGAGGUGCUACAUAAACGAUGAUCACGAAGUGAAACUAACGGGCUGCUCGGAUGCCCCGGUUAACGAUCACGGUCUUUGCGGUAGUCCAACUUCACCACCCGUACCGUACAACAUAAGUGAUAUAUUGGAUAGAAACGCACGCACUAGCAUCAUGUUCGCGGCUGAAGCUCCCAGUGUGACGAUGUUUUGCGAUGAAGGAACCCACAAUCGAUAUGCUCCUUCAAAGCACAACCAGAUGUGUGACCGACGCAGUACCCUGGAUGUUAUUCUCAAACAUCCGGACUUCGCAAGCGAUGCCCAAAUUGCCGUAAAUCCAUCGGUGAUCGUCAACACAAGCCCCAAGUUUAGCUAUACAACGCGCAAAUCCACUCGUUAUGUAAUCAUUAUCGACGAAACCCUCGACAUGCAAUUGCGCGAGUCCUGGAGCUUCCUGCGAAGUGCCAUCCGCAAGUGGGUAGUUUAUGAUCUACCAGCCAACACCGAAAUCGGAAUGGUACUGGCAAACGACACAGCAACGGAAAAAAUUCUGCAAAUUUCCUCACUUCACAUCCAGGAGAACAAAGAUCUCGUUGCUUCAUUCAUUCCCUACUCUCCCAGUGAUUCGCGACAACCGGCUUGUCUCACCUGUGCCAUAUCGGACGCCAUUAGCAUGCUUAACGAGCGAACCCGUCUUUACGGUCCGGCAAAUUCGGUGAUCCUGGUCGUCGCUCCCGGAAUGGAUUUCUCGAUCGACUACAAAUCACUAGCGAACGCAGCUCGUGCCUCCAGGAUUCGUAUCACCACCAUCAACUAUCCGAGCGUGAUUCGCCGUCAACCGCUGGAUGCUUUGGCUGACGGAACCGGUGGUUCCGCCUUCUCCGUGUUCGAAUGCAAGUACAACGGCGAAAAAACUUAUCUCACCACCUAUUUCGAACUAACGAAUGUCCUCUUCAACAUCGGCAAACUGUACUACGAAGGAAACGUUAACGACCUGCCAGCGGAAAUCUACCGCAAAGAGUUGGUCGACGUGAUCGACGACUCCAAUCAAAUCUCGAAGCGCACCAGUCGAACGGUCACCGGAAGCUUCAUGUUGGACUCCUUCAUGGGCCCCCCGGCGAACUUUUUCGUCUACAUUCACAACCCGGAGAAUCCCCUGAUCACGAAUCUCAAGCUAACUAGUCCCAAUGGAAAUGUUUAUACCGCACGAAGUGACUCUCGUUCCUUGGUGAAGCAGUUGAUGAUUUCAGCCGUUCUCAACGAAACCGGAACCUGGACAUACACCAUAGAUCGGUUCAACGGUAACCCUCAGCCACACUAUGUGCAGGUAAUUGCUACACCCCGUUCGCGCUAUGCCCCGGUCAUCCAGGCUCGAUCCUGGAUACAUCAAAGUAAAUCUGGUGGCCCACCGAUCAUCUACACUGAGGUUCGGAAAGGAGAUCUUCCGAUCAGUUCCGCCCUGGUGGAGGUCGCCGUAACGCGUCCCGACAAGGUCUGCCAAGCUGGUACCGGCAUGGUUAAUGAAUGUCGUGAAAAAUUCAAACUUCUGGAUACCGGCGCCGGAGAUCCCGAUGUCACCAAGGGGGAUGGUGUUUACUCGCGGUACUUUAACGCGGAAGAGUACGGAGGCAUGGGAGCGUACCAGUUCGAGGUGACGGUCAGUGACAAUGGCAACACUGCGUAUUCGCUGGCGGAAAGUGCCGGCCAUGGAGUGCCCUCAGCGAAAUCUCAGCCUGACCGAUGUUGCGGAAGCACGAUCGCCAUUCCGCUGAAGCAGCCACUAACGCCUUUCCAACGAACGCUGCAACCGAUGACCCUCUUCGUAUCCCAGGACCAACUGAACGAAGAAAGCCGUCGGUUGGCGGGACGCAUCUCCGAUCUAAGCGCGAAUGUUGAAGGCAUGAAGGUGCGCCUCAGCUGGACCUCCCCAGAUAUGGGCGGUCGAACCGUUGCUCGCUACGAAGUAAAAUAUGCUACCACCAUCAAGGAUAUUGUGGACAACUUCGACACAGCGGCGGUUCUCUGGCAUCACGACAAUCCCCUUACCUACUCAAUUGGAGACGACAGCACCUUCACGUUGAAUAUUACUCACGAGCCGCAUUUGAUAGGACAAAUUUUGUACUUUGCCGUUAGACCGUACUCGAAACUGACGAAAGACGCCGAGCCUGGACCAAUAUCCAACUACGUGAGGGUAUUCGUGUCAAAACCCAAACCGACCACGCUGUAUCCCCCUUCGAGUUCUGGUGGCACUGAAAGUUACGAUUCCAUUUGGUCGUCAUACGAUGGAAUUAGUAAACAUCAGGAUGACGGAAUGGACAUAAUCCCCAGAAUCGCAAAAACCAUGGAUCUUGGCCUAGAGCUGCUACUACCAAUAAUCGCAGGGAUUAUUCUACUGCUAGCAGUCAUCCUUAUCUAUUGCUACUUUUGUGUGAUUAAAAAACGCCACAGUACUCAUGACGACGAUCAGAAAAAGCCCAUAAAAUGCUUCAAAAGUGAUCACAGGCUUUCAAACAGCCACAGUGUGAUUGUAACCGCUGCCGGAAACGCAUCGUCUCCCUCGUCGAAUACUACGACUUCUUCUUCUUCAUCGCCAAACCAUCCGACCGGAAACCAACAGCCGCACAUACCGUCAUCGGUUUCGUACGACAUGAAUCUAAACGACCACCAAACGGUUGGCAUUCCUACCAUCUACAGCAUUGACGACGAUAUGAUGCUGAGUAAAAAACGCUACAGUGCCAUGGGACCCACGCACCCAAUGGAACAGCAACUGAUCGAAGAGCUGAAACAGCAGCAGCACAUCAUCGAUUCCCAGUCCUUCAUCGUGCCGGCAAAUAAUAACAACUGCGCCGUCAGUAUUAUUUCCACCGCCUCCAACAACACUACCCUAACACGAGCGUACAACCCUAACCCGAUGGUCCCUAAUGGUCGUACCCUUAGCCCGUACGAGUCCUGGUCUGCUUCACAGCUUCUCCAAGAGCACGAACAUCAUCAUCCGCAUCAUCACCAUCCACAGGCGCUAAUCGACGAUCUGGUAGACAACAAUGUACCGCACCAAUUCUACAACACCCAGCCGCACAUCCAGCACGAUCAGAUGUCCCUUUUGAAUAAUAAUCACCUGAAUGAAAGCACUCCACCCGUACCGCCGCUGCCCAUCUACACGACGACGAUCAGUGGCAAUAGCAGCACCUCCUACGUCUACGGGCAACCAGCAGCCAAUCAAUCGAACAACGGUUCGGUCAAUUCCGUCAACAGUGGCCAGGGCAUUAGUGGAACCGACACCAAAAAGCGACGCAAUGUCACUAUGGUUUAGGUGAACGCUUUUUUUUUUUUUUGAUUUGGAAGCUGUGUUCUUCGAUCCGUUUAUAGAUCUUUCAAGCAAACUGGAUUUCAUUACGUUUGUCAAACGUCAUUUCAAUCAGUUAAUCAAACAAUCAAUCAAUUGAUCGAACUAGUCAAAUUGGAUAAACGUUUUAAUUUAACUACGACCUCAGCGCGAUUUCGUAUUGCACGAUAUGGAUCAGUACUUGGCCAGCAAAGUUUUAAUUUUAUUUUCCAAUCGGUUAAAUCUGUUUCUAUAGAUAGGUCGAAGUGUAUUAAGAGCAUUUAUAACGGUUAAGAUCUACAACUAAGACAGAAACCUAAGAACAGUUACGAGUGUAAGAGUUUAAAUGUGCGACCUUCUUGUAUUUAUACACAAAAUGUAGAUAAGCAUAAUUCGAGCGCACGAUAUUUCAUUUAGAGUAGGACACAAAACAAAUAAGAAAUAAUAACCUGCAACCCUAGCAAGCUUGCUGAAACCAAUUCGAAUUGUGGCAUUAAAUCCUAUUUAUUGUGAUCGCUGAUCUGCACAGUAUAUGAAUACCCGACCCCAACCAAAAUGACGAUGAGCUUAGGCAGUAGGUAAACUGAAUCAACAUAACUCCUUUGACAGGAUAGAAAGAAAGAAUAUCAACUAUAAAUCAAGUCGAACAUUUCAUACAGUAUACACGUGCGGCGCAUUUCUUAAGUGUAAUUCAGUAGAGUGGAAAGUUCUGACACAGUGUGAGGGUGUGUGUAUUUAUUAAAUUCAUUCAAAACUGUGAAAAUCUCAUUAGACAGUAAGUUUUGUAGGAUUUUUUUAUGUACAUAUAUUUUUAGAUAUUUUAAUAAAUCGAACCAUUCAGUUGUUUUAAUUUA